AUGAAAUCGCCGUUUUCCGUUUCUUCUAGACUCGUUUCUAUCAUCACCACCGUUCGCGCAUCCAUGGACGACGACCCCCAAAAACUCGAUACAACUAAAAAGCGAGUAGUGGUAUGCGGCGGCGGAGUAAUCGGCGUUUGCACGGCCUAUUUUCUCUCCAAAAAAGGCGCCGCCGUCACCCUCAUCGAGCAAUCAUCCAUCGCCUGCGCAGCAUCAGGUAAAGCCGGUGGCUUCUUAGCUCUCGAUUGGUGCGACGGCAGCCCUAUCUCCUCCCUUGCUCAUGCCAGCUUCAAUCUCCACCGUUCACUUGCCGAAGAACUAAACGGCGGUGAAUCCUACGGCUACCGUCCACUCAACACCCUAAGUCUUUCCGUUGCCGAAUCAGAAAACCCACCACCACCACAUAGCCGGAAAUCAACACUUCCGCCGUGGAUCGACGGUCCAGCUAAAAGCCCUAAAACUAUCGGUACGACGGAGACCACCGCCCAAGUCCACCCCCAGUUGUUUACCCGGACGUUGAUCGAGAAAGCGGUGGCGGAGUAUGGAGUGAAAGUUGUAAUCGGGAAAGUGAAGAGCGUAGAGACAAGUGGAGGGAAGGUGAGGGUAGGGAUGGAGGGCGGUGGUGGGAUUGACGGCGAUGCGGUGGUGCUUGCGCUUGGGCCGUGGACAAGUAAGUUUACUUUGUUGUCGUCGGUGAUUCGUGUUCAUGGUGUUAAGGCUCACAGUAUAGUUUUGGAGCCUAAAGAAGCUAAUGCGAUUACUCCGGAUGCUCUUUUUCUCACUUAUUCUCCGGCCAACGGUGGUCAACCGAUGGAUCCUGAAAUUUAUCCCCGUCCGACCGGGGAGGUGUACGUGUGUGGAAUGUCAUCGGAGGAAGAGAUUCCCGACGACCCGGAGGAGAUUCAACCGAACAUGGAUUCAAUCGGAGUUCUGAAACGGGUGGCGGAGAAGGUGUAUAGUCAUUUGGGAGGAGAAGCUCGAGUGAAAGCGGAGCAAGCGUGUUUCUUGCCUUCUACGGAUGACGGUGUUCCGGUGAUUGGGGAGGUUCCCGGGAUGAAGGGGUGUUUUGUGGCGACCGGACAUAGCUGUUGGGGGAUUCUUAAUGGUCCGGCCACCGGAGCUGCGGUGGCUGAGCUGGUGUUGGAUGGUUGCUCAACCGUUGUGGAUCUUACCCGGUUUAGUCCGGGUCGGUUUGUUGGUGGGAGAGGAAGGAGGCGAUGA